AUGGAAGCAUUGACGGUGUCACAGAAUCGGGAAGUGUGCCGAGCAGGACAGGCGGCAGCUGCCUUUGUGGUCCUUGUGGCUGCUGCUGUGUCUUCAACGGCCGCAAUUCCGUUGGCAGUCCAUUCCGGAGAGGCAGCGGCAGUGUUUGCUGAGAUGAUGGCAUGCGAUCACUCCUCUCUUGAAUGGUGGCAACUUCUCGGCAUCACGGACCAACAGAUGAAGUACGUCGUUGCACAGAUGGAGCCCAUCCCGUUCCUCCGGUCGAGCUUGGAUGUCCCAAUGGACCUCGGUGAGGUCUUCAACUGGUCGGCCGCCAGCUUGGACAUCGGUGCGGGAGGCUUUGGUGACACGCUCUACCUGCUUGCUCGGCAGCUGCGGGUGCUGGCUGUCGAUGCUCGCCCGGUAACUUCCGAGCCCUGGAUGGCGAGCCACGCAUGGAAGGCUGCCCGAAAAGACGGCCACCUCGAGGUGCUGCCACGAGCGGUCGCCGCCAAUGGUGGCACAACAGUCCCUCUCUUCCUUGAUAGGCAUGGCCAGGGACUCAUGAGCGCCCUCAACACGACGCUGGUUCCAGGUGCCAAUCUCCACAAGCUUGAGCAGAUCCAGGUUCGGACCAGCUCUUGUGAUGAGCUCCAUCGACACUGGGCACCCAGUCGUCCUGUGCUGUACAUGAAGGUGGACGUGGAAGGUCUUGAUGUGGAAUGUGUUCGAAAGCUCUCCAGCGACAUAGCAGGCUCUCUCGGAGCAAUUUCCAAGCCCAAGUUUUUUUCCAUCGAGCUCCCCGAUCACCCUGGCAAAGUGCUGGAGCUUGUCGACGUUUUGGGUGCUAUGGGAUACACAGCCUUCAAGAUUUGUCGGCAACGAUUGUUUAACCUUCGACUGGUGCGUGGCCCACGGUAUGCGGCGUCUGGCCCAUUCGGGGAUGAUGCUGUGGACUUCGCGCGUGGACCAAGAUGGCGCAAAGCCUCUGCCACUCGCUGGCACAGCUCCCGUGGAAAGCAGCCCUUUAGCUUGAGAUGA